GUUAUCUCUUCAGGUGUUGAGUCGCUAUCUCUGAAGCCAUGAGUUAUCCUGGUUAUCCUCCAAUGGCCGCAUUCCCCCCUAUCCCUACAGGAGACAACCCCUGGGGAGUACCCAGUAACCCUCCUUCCAUUGGGCUGGAUAUGGGUGGAUUCUCUCAGCAAUACAACCCUCAGCAGUAUAUGACAGGACCAGGCUAUCCAGCAGCUGGGUUUGGUGGAAUUAACCCACCACAAGCAGGCUAUCCCCCUGCACCUGGUGGCGGCUAUCCCGCUGCACCUGGAGGCGGCUAUCCCGCUGCACCUGGAGGCGGCUAUCCCGCUGCACCUGGAGGCGGCUAUCCCGCUGCACCUGGAGGCGGCUAUCCCCCUGCACCUGGAGGCGGCUAUCCCCCUGCACCUGGAGGCGGCUAUCCCCCUGCACCUGGAGGCGGCUAUCCCCCUGCACCUGGAGGCGGCUAUCCCCCUGCACCUGGAGGCGGAUAUGGGGCACCACAGCAGCCUCAAGCACCAGGCUUUGGCAUGUACCCUGCCCCAGGGGGUGGACCACAGCCUGGGAUGUCUGGAUUUGAUACAGGAUACCCAGGACAGCCAGCACCAGGCCAGCCACCUGCAACAUACCCUGGGCAGCCACCAGCAACAUACCCUGGUCAGCAACCGACUCCAAGCUAUCCACAGGCUCCAGCAGUAAAUCCCUCCAUGCCACAAUACCCAUCUCAGCCAUCAGCAACACCUUCUAUCCCCCCAUUAAAGCCUACAAGAGGUACCAUUACUGAUGCACCAAACUUUGAUCCCCUUAGAGAUGCAGAGGUGAUCAGGAAGGCCAUGAAAGGAUUUG